CUCUUGUCUUCUCGUCACACCCCAAAGCUUCGAACAAUGGUGUUUGUGAAGCCUUCCAAGUCGAAUGCUUACUUCAAGAGGUACCAAGUCAAGUUCAGGAGAAGAAGAGAUGGUAAGACUGAUUACAGAGCAAGGAUCCGUCUGAUCAACCAAGACAAGAAUAAGUACAACACACCAAAGUACCGUUUUGUUGUCAGGUUUACCAACAAAGACAUUGUCGCACAGAUCGUGUCCGCAAGCAUAGCUGGUGAUAUCGUCAAGGCUUCUGCUUACGCACAUGAGUUGCCUCAGUAUGGACUCACUGUUGGACUUACCAACUACGCUGCUGCUUACUGUACUGGCCUUCUCUUGGCUCGCCGUGUCCUGAAGAUGUUGGAAAUGGAUGACGAGUACGAGGGCAACGUUGAGGCUACUGGAGAGGACUUCUCUGUGGAACCCACCGAGUCAAGGAGGCCUUUCCGUGCUCUUCUUGAUGUUGGUCUCAUCAGGACCACAACAGGAAACCGUGUCUUCGGUGCUCUCAAGGGAGCCUUGGACGGAGGACUUGAUAUCCCCCACAGUGACAAGAGGUUUGCCGGUUUCAACAAGGAGAACAAGCAACUCGAUGCUGCGAUCCACAGGAACUACAUCUACGGUGGUCAUGUCUCAAACUACAUGAAGAUGUUGAACGAAGAUGAGCCAGAGAAGUUUCAAACUCACUUCAGUCAGUACUUGAAGAAAGGAGUUGAUGCUGAGAACAUGGAGGAGUUGUACAAGAAGGUUCACGCAGCCAUCCGUGCAGACCCCAACCCUAAGAAGACCGAGAAACCUGCUCCCAAGGCACACAAGAGGUACAAUUUGAAGAAGUUGACCUAUGAACAGAGGAAGAACAAAUUGAUCGAGAGAGUUAAGGCAUUGAACGGUGCUGCUGGUGGUGAUGAUGAUGAUGAGGACGACGAAGAGUAAAUCACCGCAACUUUCAGUGUCUCAUGAUAUCUCUUGUAGCUUUUUACUUUUUUGCCAGACUUAAAACAUUAAGCUUUUGCUUUCACAUUUUAAUUGUGUUUGAGGAUUUUGAGUAUGAGUAUGCUAUUUUCUUUGAAGAAAUCUUUUUGACAUUUUGAUAGUUUUGCAGCUUAUAUUUUUUAUCUUAUUAAUGAUCAGUUUCUGAUA